UCCGAUCAACCAUAAAUUGCCUGCACACGAUACCUGAAACCCAUUGCAUAUAUAUCCAGCAAAAGCCACACUCUUAAAAAAAUAUGCAAGGAAUCGCAAUGGAAAGUACAAAAACUGAGUCAUACUUCGUUUUCAUGAACUACGACCCGGAAUACGAGCGCCUUCGAGCUGAUCGAACAAAAAGAAGGGAACAGGAGCUUAAUUUAUAUCUAAGCAGGAAGCAUGAUGAGCUGUUGGCCAGCACCCUUGAGGCCGGCAGCUACAGGAAGACGUUAUCUUUGGUCAUUAUUGAUGGGUUUCAAGUAGAAAUUACUGAGGAUCAGGCCAAUGUGCUUAGAUCUGCAAAGGGAGUGAGAAUUGUGGAGAAAAAUCAAGAGCUUGCUUAGUAGUGUACCCGAGGAGACGUUUGUAU